AUAUGACAGUUGUCUAUGAUAAAGUACUUGUCAAAAUAAGCAAAAUUACAAAUUUGAUUAUAGAAAAAUUGUGAUUAUAAGUUGUCACAAUAUGGAUGAAAUUGAAAAAGAAAAGAUAUCAGCUUUGCCAUCGCAAUUACUAGUCACCGCAAUAUGCCACCCCAUGGAAUAUGCAAAGGUUUUGAUUCAAUUGGGCUACGAACCUUUACCGCCGCGCCGAUCAACUACUCUGUUUGGAAGGCCUGCCAUGAUAUUACCUAAUGUUUUUCAAUACAUCAAGCACAUUAAGAAGUCGGAUGGUUUCUUUGGAUGUUACCGAGGCCUUUCAGCUAGAAUACUUGGUUUGGUCGCCUCCAGUCAGCUGUCCUCUAAGGUAAUUUAUGUUUGCGGCAUUGACUUGCCCGAAAUUAAUGAUCCUCCUAACAUUGUCAAUGACGAUGAGCCUAAAUUUGAAGACUACUUUAAGUUAGCUCGUCGUGAUAUGAUUAUGCACAGUGCCUCUCUUGUAGUUUCCUACCCUUUUCAUGUGGUUACUGUAAGAAUGAUGGCUUCAUUUGUUGGUAAAGAAGAGGACUACAGCUCUUUAAUGGGAGCUAUUGUGUCAAUAUAUAGGGAUGAUGGUAUACUAGGAUUCUUCCAUGGUAUAGUGCCUAAAUUGAUUGGUGAUUUGGUUUGUGUAACCAUAACCGGGGUUCUGGCAUAUUAUGUCAACAAAUAUCUGGUGAAGACUAAGGACCUGAGAUACUAUACUGUACCUCUGCUCACUUUUAUUACAAGUACUAUUACUUAUCCCUUGAUGGUUGUCUCCACUUGCAUGGCUGUAGUGGGCAGCAGUCUUAAGGCUGGAAACCCACCUGUAAUGCCUAAGUAUCCUUCAUGGCAAGCUUGCUGGAAAGAUCUAGUAAGAAAUAAACAGCACAAGCGAGGUUCGUCUUUAAUCUUUAGAUACUACAUAGCUCCAAUUGCAGCAAUGCAAUAAUUAUAAAAUGUGAUUAAAAAUGCAUUUAUCUGUAUUUAUUCGUUGCAUAAGUGUUGUUCCACAUUCACCAAAGUAGAGAUUUUGACUUGUAGACAAAUGUGUACAUUUAUUAAAUGUAAAUAAUUUAGUAUUAAUAAAUGGUGUCUAUGUGGAUUCUUCUUUUUAAUAUGUUGUUGAAGGUGUUAUAAUAUUUCAAU